CGUUUAAGCUCCACGCCUUGGUUGAUUAGAUCAAAGGAAUGACAUACCAAUGCCAUCCCCUGGCAGAACGACGAUGCGGUACCUGGAUAUAGAAGUCAGUGGUGGUCAUAUAUGGGGAUCGAUAGACUGACGACUUGGGAGACAUUUGAAAGAUGGAGAAGCGGAAGAUGACGAUCAAUAUUAAUUGCGUUCAAGCUCUUUUUAUCAUCGUUAUAUGUUAGAACCUGGAGUGUUCGGCUGCCCGCGCUAUCGGCCGAGGUGAUAAUGUGAUCAUGACUACCUGCAUAAGGGUAGAUCUUCCCACGUUUAUUGUCAUGUUAGCAGGCUGUUAGCAGUCAGUAGCGCUAAAGUCUAAGAACUUCUUCAAAACUUCACAUCGAUGGCAGAAUCAAAACCUCGCUGUAAAAACUUGGUUUUAGAUGCUGGUCCAUUGCUUUCGCUUUCACCACUGAGGGGCCUGGCAGAGAUCUACCUCACUGUACCUCAAGUUCUGGAUGAACUCAAGGACAAACGCGCCCGGGAACACUUUGAACGAUUGGGGUUAUCUGCGGGUGUCCAAGUGGAUGUACGCAACCCUGAUGCUGCGUCGCUUGCUCAUGUGAUACAAUUUGCGAAGAAGACGGGAGAUUACGCUGUCUUGUCCCAUGCAGAUAUCUGCGUCUUGGCGUUAACCCACUCGCUUCAUGUGCGCGAACAGGCGUCAUCGGAGAAUGACCCUCAAAAGAGUAUUACCAACGAAAUUGACGAUAACGUCCAAAGUCUCCCAGCUUCCUCUUCGGAUCUAUCAGAGGAUAUUCAUAGUGAGAAUGACGAAGGUGAAGAGAGGGAGCCGCUAGAUAUCGGAAUUCUCCGAGAAGGAAGCGAAGAUAUGGCGGAAGAAUCGCAUAAUCCCUCAAGUGACGAAGCUCGACCAUCGGAUCAGCCACUAUAUGAGGACCCCUCGGAUGAGGAUGAUGGCGAGGGCGAAUGGAUUACACCUCAAAACGUUGCACUACACAAAUCCCAAGCGCUGCAGCUAUUGCCUUCUGGCAGCAGUGGUAGUGGUAGUAAGAAAGGGCGGGGACGACACGAGGAGGACGAAUUCGUACCAGCAGGUUGCAUGACUGGAGAUUUUGCAGUUCAGAACGUCUUGCUGCAGAUGGGUCUGGCAUUGGUCGGGACUGAAGGCAAGCGGAUACAGAAAGUGAAGAGCUGGGUUCUUCGGUGUCACGCUUGCUUUAAGAUCUGCAAAGACAACUCAAAACAGUUUUGCCCAUCUUGCGGUAACCCCACACUAAUGCGGGCAUCGGUCACUGUUGCGCCCCCUGAUGCAUCACCAGAUGCUCCUGCAAUGCAAGUUCACCUGAAGAAAAACUUCCAGUAUAAAGUAAGGGGAACGAAAUAUUCAAUCCCUGCACCCAAGCCUGGGUCGGCCAAGACAGGCCCUGGAGAAGGUCUAGUAUUACGCGAGGAUCAACUAGAAUACAUGCGCGCUAAAAAGCAUGCAGACGGUAAACGAGACCGGGAGGAGCGGCGAAUGAUCAAGGGCCUGGUUGAUAAGGGUGGCGAGGGUGGCGUUAGUGUUGGUGGCUGGUCAGAUCCUGAUUGGAUGCCAGGAAUAUUGAGUGCCGGGACCGGAGGGCAAGGGCGAUCAUCGCAUGCUGGCGGAGACAUGCCGCAAAUAGGGUAUGGGCGGAAGAACCCCAACGAAAGAAAAAAAUGGAAGUGAUAUAGACGCUCAUUGCUGAAAAGUACAUUACCCAGUUAAUUGGGACGGGAUUAUACAAUGUCUCCUCUGAUUUACGAGCCUAGGCUGCGGUUCAUGAACCUUCUUU